AGCGUCUGUCUUUUUUUACUAAGCGCAUUUGGCGUCAACGUUAGUUUUAAAAACUACAUUACGGCGCAUCGCUUUGUGUAUUUAAAGAGAAAAGGUUGUUUUUUUGUUUUAAGAAACUCCAUUUCCCAGGUAUACUUUCGCGGUAGCCAUAGCAACGCGGCUGUUUGCCAAACGGCUUCAAGUUGUGAAAACGGACAUUUAAGAGUAAACAAGUAAAGAUGUAAAUAACAAAUAACGAUGUAAAUAACAAAUAACGAUGUCUGUGGCGCGAAACUCCAGCGGCUCCUCUCCAAGAAGAGGAGGACGCUCGACGCCCGACAUUUUGGGAUCCGGGAGCGACGACGGGAGGUUUUUCCAGACUCUGCGUGAGUUUAUCGACCACGAGAAGCGGCUGCUGCGGUGCUCAGAGGACGGGCGGCCGCACGAGCUCCGGUACGUCAUCUACCGCACGGUGUUCAGUCAGGUGAUUGCACGAGCGACGGCCUAUAAGAGACUUCUGCUGACCAUAAAGGCGGAGUACGAUGAUGUCAUCAGGGCGCUGCAGAGGAGGGAGGACGAGGCCAGGACGGCUCAGCGAAGUCUGGCGGCCUCGACGUCGCAUUCAAAAUCCCUGACGACCUGCCAGAGACGAGCCGCCCAGCUGAGGCAGAGAAUCUCCGUCCUCCAGAGGGAAACCGCAGAACUUCAAGAGGAGAUCCAGAGACAGAAAUCCUCUAAAGAGCAGACCACGUGGAUCCCUGGUUUGACGGUGGCUGAGUCUGAGGAUCCUGACGCUCUGGACGGGCACCUGAAGAGUCUUGAAGACCGGAGAGCUGCUCUGCUGGACAGGAAGCGUCACUGCGUCCCUCUGGAGGUCAAAGCCGAGCUGGACGCCGAGCUGCAGGCCGCCGAGCGCCACAGAGACCAGCUGAGCCUCGAGAACGCCCGGCUGAAAGUCCUAUUCCAGCGUCUGAGGUUCGUGUCUGACCGUCUGUCCAGCUGGGAGGACGAGGAGCAGCCGGUUCCUCUGGAGGAACUCCUGGGCUCCACACUGGAGAACGUCAGACGGACCGGCGUGACGGACGAUGACGCUCGCAGCAUCGACGCUGAGCUGUUUGAGGACGAGGAGCCGACCGGAGUCAGCGAGUCCGGGCUCCUGGCAGACUGCCUGGACAGGUUCAUCGAGCUCUUUGAUUCGGCUCAGUAUGAGGAAGCUGCUCUGCUCGCCGCCAGAUCUCCUCGAGGAGUCCUGAGGAACCUCCACACCGUGGAGAUGUUCAAAGGUGUGAAGGGCCCCCCGGGGUCCGUCCCCCCUCUCUUGCUCUUCCUCCAGGCCCUGCUGAUGACCGUCCCGGCCGGCGACGAGCUGCCAGCCGCUCUCUCCCUGCAGGUCGUCCGCCGGGCCCUGCGGCACGGCGCCACACGGCUCGUCGCCCACGCUGUCACCCACAGCAAACUGACCUUCUCUGAGGCCCUGGGCGACAUCCUGUCUGAGCAUGCUCAGAAGCACCCCGGCGCGGCUGACAUGUGCCUGGCGUUGGCCACCGUCGUCUAUGAGGCCUGCAGGCUGCACAGGAAGAGCGCACUGAGCAUGUGCAGGAGAGGCCUGAUCCACAGCGCUGUCGACUUCAUGAAGCACUGCGAGGACCUCACAGCUGAGGACUGUAUGUGGGUUCUGUGUCGCUCGCCCGGCCUCUCCCUCCUCCAGCUGUUGACGGAGCCUCAGCGGGGCCAGGCGGCCAUCUUGUCAGUGGGCGUGGCCCUUUCCACUCUGCUGGCGGACCCUCAGCUGCAGGAUCUGGCUCUGCAGCUCCUGGACGGCCUGGUCAGCAGAGGUCCAGGGGUCCUGGAGGAGGCGAUCCUGGAGGACAGCAGCUGUUCGGUGGACCUUUGGACUGACAUCGCGUCUCUGUGCUCUGAGCUGAACCGUGCUGACCUGGGCCGGGCCGUCCGGUCCGUCCUGCUGGACCAGAGCGGGACCAGAGUCCUGUCCCCGGACCUGGAGGGGGCCCGUCUCAUGGAACACGUCUUCCUGUGAAAACCGGUCCUCCCACAGGUUUCUGUCACCAUGAUCACGCCCUGAUCACGUGCUCCCUCCGUUAUCCAGCCGACCUCUGAGCUGCUGGCCCGAAGUGACUCAGGGAAAAAUGUGACACAGUGACGGCUGAAGGCCAGAAGGUGGCGGAGAGACUCGCUGACUGAAGCUGAGGUUAAACAUUCAGAGGUGGAGCAACUCUUACUGCAGUGCUGGAUCCAAAACCCUCACUGUAAAAAUACUCUGUACUGUAUUGAAAAUGUUACUUCAGUAAAGUAUAAUCAGGAAUACUUAAAGUAUGUAUGAUUAUUCAUCAUGCGUACAUGUCAAAGCAGGAUUUCACUUCUGUAGUUUGUUGAGCUUGAACUAGUUUGUAUCAGAUAUUCAUUGUGGAUCAAUCCACUGAUUAUUUUCUACGUUAAUCGAUUGUAAAAAAUCUAUAAAUAGUGAGAAAUGUUGUAACAGUUUCUCAGAGCCCAACGUGACUCCUUCAUAAUGAUUGUUCUGUCCAAACCUCAAAAUUAUUGGAAAUAUGAUAAAAUAAUCAAAAGGAAAAGCAGCAAUUCUUCACAUGAACCAUGAAAUGUUUUUACAUGACUUCAAAGAUUAUUAAAAUCUGUCAGCCAAA